GGGUCCAAAGCUUGCCGGUGGCGCGCACAAUCUGACUGCUGCUGCCAACUCCUUGUUCUGCAGAAAGAGAGAGAGAGAAAGGUUGGGGGCAGCAGGGGAUGAACAUACACAUGCACAGGCAGAGAGAUGAGAGGAUGGAGCUCACACACACGCGCGCACACUUCCCCUGAUUCAGCGGAACAGAUUUAUUCGUCACCUCUCCCUGCAGUCUGACACAGCGAGCCUUACUGCAAAAACACACAGGACAAUCCCUGAAGCCCCAGAGACAGUCAUCCCCACUGUCAGGCUGCGUGGAUUAACAGCUCUGCGUGCUUACUGGAGACCUCUGCAGCUGAGCUGGGAGGCACAGAGAGGAGACAGACUGAAAACCAGCAGACUGAGACGAGCGACGCAACAGAAUGAUGGAGACACUACAGACAGACGACUAUAUUGAGGAUGGGCCAGUAGAGAAGCUUCGGGACAAAUAGGAAACAAGCCCAACCAAAACCUGUUCACCUGAGGAGUCCCUGCAGGGAGAUGUUCAUCAUUAUGGGAUAAAUACCCAGGUCUGCAAAUGGUCAUGGAUGCAAGCACGCGUAAAUUUACAGUACGAAGAUGGUUUUCUAUCUACCUGAAGAACAAGGCUGCCCGAAACAAGAACAGUGCUGGUUUCUGCCAGCUGGAGGAUGACAGCAUACUUAAGGAGAUUGACAUCAGCCACCAUGUUAAGGAGGGCUGUGAGAAAGCAGACCCAUCUCAGUUCCAGCUACUGAAGGUUCUGGGACAAGGUUCCUAUGGAAAGAUUAUUGACAGAGCUAGGAAAGAUCCUUCAGAAGAGAUUGAGGUUCUGCUAAGAUAUGGACAGCAUCCAAAUAUAAUUACCCUGAGGGACGUGUUUGAUGAUGGCCAGAAUGUUUUCUUAGUCCUGGAUGUCCCGAGGGGAAAUGAGCUGCUCGACAGAGUUCUGACGCAACCAAAUUUUACAGAAAGAGAUGCAUCAGACAUCAUAUGCACACUCACCAAAACUGUGGAAUAUUUACACUCUCAAGGGGUUGUGCAUCGAGACCUGAAGCCUGGUAACAUCCGCUAUGCUGAUGACAGUGGACUCCCAGAAUCCAUCAGGAUCUGCGAUUUCAGUUUCGCCAAACAGCUCAGGGCUGAAAAUGGCUUGCUGAUGACACCAUGUUACACCGCCACAUUCAUGGCUCCGGAGGUUUUGAGAAAGCAGGGUUAUGAUGCAGCCUGUGACAUCUGGAGCCUGGGCGUCCUGCUCUACACAAUGAUUGCUGGUUUCAGCCCCUUUGCCAGUAGUCCCAAUGACACUGCGGAGGAGAUUCUGGCUCAAAUUGGAAGUGGGAAAGUCACGAUCACAGGAGGGAACUGGGACUUGGUGUCAGAAGCUGCCAAGGACAUUGUGACAAAGAUGCUCCACGUAGACCCUCACCAGCGUCUUACUGCACCACAGGUUCUUCGACACCCCUGGAUUGUAGAGAAGGACCAGCUCUCUGACAGGAGUCUCAGCAGACAGGAUGCAUUCACUGUCAAGGGGGCGCUGUCCGCCACCUACACUGCUCUGAAGCGCUGUGCUCCUGCUCCAGUCCUGGAACCAGUUCACUCCUCCAGCCUGGCUCAGAGAAGAGGCCUGAAAAAGCUGGGGAGUUCAAACAGCUCCACGGAACCCAAAGAAAGGGAAUAAACUCUGUAAUCUGUGAGGAAAUGCCAAAAAAACUUAGCUAAUUUCAAAUUGAUUUUUCUUUGAAAAGCAUAAACCAUGCCAAAUAACUGACUUUAAACAACCCCCCCGGCACUGGCAUCAAGUUUGGCUUCAGUUCUAUCUGUUUUAGUGUGAAUGUUGUACUUUUAAAAAACAUCAACUCAAAUGUUUCUGUAAUGUAAAACCCAUUUUAUGUGUUUUCAUAGAAAAGCUAAACGUGAUCACAGUGACGAGGGUUUAAUGUUAACAUGCA